AUGCAAGUGUCACAGGAGGAAGAAGACCUUUCCAGGCAACCCUGGUACCAUGGCCCUCUGUCACGUCAGAAGGCCGAGGCCCUGCUUCAGCACGAUGGGGACUUUCUGGUUCGAGCCUCGGGGUCCCGCGGGGGCCCCCCGGUGCUCAGCUGCCGCUGGCGAGGCUCGACCCUGCACUUCGAGGUGCUCCGUGUGGUGCUGCGACCCCGUCCAGGCCGGCCUCCCGCCCUCUUCCAGCUGGAGGACGAGCGCUUCCCCAGCCUGGCCUCCCUGGUCCGCAGCUACGUGGUUGGCCGAAGGCCCCUCUCCCAGGCCACGGGGGCCGUGGCUUCCUGGCCUGUGACCCGCCUGGGGCCUCUGCAGCGCAGCCUUAGCGAGGACAUCCUUACAGACAGCCCGGCAAGGACAGAGUCCUUCAGGACCAGGAAGUGGAGUGACAGUCAGCCGGCUGGUCUGCACCAUGUGGGGUGCUCCAGAGAGGACCGUUCCAGACCAGGAGCACCGCCUGUGCCCCCAUCAGCCCUGCCUCGGACAGGCAGUGAACCCUUGCUGCUGAAGACUCAGGCUGCCCUGGGCGCUGUGGCCAACAGCCUCCGAGCCUCUGAUGGGCAGCUUCAUUCCAAGGCGCCCACCAAGCCCCUCCGGACACCCUCUCUGGUGCUGCCUGAAGCCUCUGGACGCACCUCAACAUACUGUGAGCUGGUGCCCCGUGUGCCCAAUGCCCAUCGAACACCCCCUGGUUCCGUCCAAGCACAGCCAGAGAUUCCAUGGUGGGAGAAUCCAAAGGAAGAGGAGGAGGAAGAUGCAGCUUUCCAGAGACCCCAGACCGAGGUCUCCUUCUGCUCCCCUUAUACCCCAUCUUGCCUGCUGGGUCCCCAGAACAGGCCCCUGGAGCCUGGGGUCCUGCAUACCCUCCGGGGCCUGUUCCUGCAGCACCAUCCCAGGAGCACCGCCCUCCACCUGCUGCUGGUGGACUGCCAGGCCUCAGGCCUCCUGGGAGUGACCAGGGCCCAGAGGGGAGCCAUGGGGGUCGCCUCUGGCCUGGAGCUGAUCACACUUCCACAUGGCCAUCGCUUGAGGCUGGAACUGCUGGAGAGGCACGAAGCGCUGGCGUUGGCCGGGGCGCUGGCCGUGCUGGGCUGCACCGCGUCGCUGGAGGAGCGCGCGGCCGCACUGCGGGGCCUGGUGGAGCUGGCCAUGGCGCUGAGGCCCGGGGCGGCCGGGGACCUGCCCGGGCUGGCCGCCGUCAUGGGCGCCUUGCUCAUGCCCCAGGUGUCCCGAUUGGAGAACUCGUGGCGGCAGCUCCGAAGGACCCACACGGAGGCGGCGCUGGCCUUCGAACAGGAGCUGAAGCCGCUGAUGCGGGCGCUGGACGAGAGCGCAAGGCCCUGCGCUCCGGGCGAGGUGGCGCUGCCGCACGUGGCGCCCCUGGUGCGCCUGCUGGAGGGCGAGGAGCCGCCGGGGCCGCCUUACGAGAGCUGCGAGCGGACGCUGCGGACGCUGAGCGAGGCGAGGCGCACGGCCCGGGACGCGCCCAGGUUCCGCGCGGCGGCGGCCCAGCGCCUGCGAGGUCUCCAGGUGAACGCAGAGCUGAGAGAGACGCUGACCACAGGCUUCAUGCAGAGGCUGCUCUGGGGGAGCAGGGGUGCUGGGGCCCCGCGAGCCCAGCGCCUAGAGAAGUUCCAGCUCGUCCUUAGCACCUUAUCACAGCGCCUGGAACCAGACGGCUGA